AUGUCCACAACUGUGAAGACAAGAAGAAUCUGCUACAUUCUAAUGGCUUCAAUUCUACUCUCUCAUUUGGUCUGCAUAAAAAGCAAGCCUUUGUUUCUGUUUGAUGCUUCAACUCAACAAGCACUCUUCAAACAGUCUUCCACAGUAGCUGACGAACAAACAAGAAUUCAAGAUGUCUCAAAACAUGCUUCUGACCCUACACAGGGGAAUGAAAGAAAAAGAAUGUUGAAAUCAAAGGCCAAAGGGUACAAAGAAGCACUGAGGGGACUAAACAGGCUAGGGUCAACACCACCAAGGUGUGAGCACAAAUGUGGAGGCUGCAUUCCCUGUGAUCCUAUUCAAAUUCCUACCAACAAUGAUCUUCUGGGUGCUCAGUAUGCGAAUUACGAGCCUGAAGGAUGGAAGUGCAAAUGUGGCAACACUUACUUCAACCCAUGA